AUGUUCGGUUCGUUCGACGAAGACAUUAGGGAGUUUUUCCCCUUCACACCAUAUAAAAUUCAAAUGGACUUUAUGAAAAUAUUUUAUGAAAUUUUGACAAAUUCGAACAUAAAAACAAAUGAAAAGAUAAGAUCAGUAUAUGAGGCAAUCCAACAAAAUGAAAACAUGAAAAGUAUGUUGAAGGAUGAUAUUAAUAAUAGUUUAAGUUGGUUGUAUGAAAGUAACGAGGAAAUGAAACAGAGUAACUCGAAUUCUUCAAAUAACGCCAACAAUUCUGAGGAACACAUUAUUUGUGAAAUGAAAACAGGCUCAGGAAAAUCUCUAACUAUGUUAACUCCUCUUAUCUACUGGCUUUUCAAGCAUAAAUUCGACUUGUUUCUCAUGAAGGAGAAUGUCCAACUGAAGAAAGAGGAGCCCGAAUGGAUCAAGGAAAGCAUAAUGGAAAAAUUGCUGGAAAAGUACACACAUAACUUAAACAUGCAGAACAAAAAAAAAGACAUAUAUUUAAACAUUUUAAAUAAAUAUUUUUCCUUUGAUGAGGAUAAAAUAUUAUUGAAGGAAAAUGUAACAGUAGAAAAGAAAAAGGUCGACAUAGAACAGACCCAUACGAAUGAUGAGUUUCCUAUGGCACACAAAGAUGAAGACCUCCUGAGCGAUUGUUCUGUUGAGGGAAAGACCAAAAAACAAAUCUUUAUCUGCAGCAGAACCCAGUCGCAGCUAAAUCAAUACUUCCUCGAGUUAAAAAAAAUUGAAAAAAAAAUAAAAAAAGAUUUUUCCAUAAAUAUGAUUAUAAUUGGGAGUAGGAAACACCUGUGCAUAAACGAGGAUUUUUUAAAAAAUUGUCGAAACCUGAACGAGCUAAAUGACUACUGCAGAAACGGUCGAUGUAAUUCGUCCUCCAGCAAUAGCAAUUGCGGAAGUAGUUGUAGUAGUAGUGAAGAGAAAGAACAGAAAAGAAUAAAUAACUACAGCCUGGUAACAAAAUUAAUAAAUACAAAAAAUGUUAAUAUGAACGAGAUAAAAAAUAUAUGUAGGAAUGAAAAGAUUCAAGUAUGUCCUUACUAUUUAAGUAAGGAAAAUAUAAAAAAUGCAGAUAUUGUUUUACUACCAUAUAUUUGUAUAUUAAAUGAACAAGUCAGGAAAAACUUAAAAAUAAAUAUAAAAAAUAAUAUAGUUAUAUUUGAUGAGUCACAAAAUAUUAUAGAGAAUAUAAAUGACUCAAAUUCUAUAGCUAUCGAAAAUCAUCAUAUACUUUUUUGUAAAUUAAUAUUAAAAGAGUAUAUAGACAAAUAUGAAAAUAUUCUAAAUAACAAUAAUAUUGUAAUGAUUAAGCAGCUUAUUAUUUACUGCAAUAUGCUCAUAUAUUCAUUUACAUCAAUACAAGAAGACAUCAUGACUGUGAGUAAAUUUACCAUCUUGUCGAAAGUAGACGCACUCAAUCUAAACAAUAUUUCUUCUUUUUUGAAUGACUCCCCAUUUUGUAGAAGAAUCAAAAUAUUUUCAGAGAUGCACAUGAGGGAGUACAUGGGGAAGUGUUCACGUAAAAGAGGUAGCAAACACAACAAUAGAAGCACCACUGAUAGUGUUAGUAGCAUUGCAAAUACACGCGAUACUUCCUUUAUCACUGCACACUCUUCGUCCAUUUACCUACUAAGCGAAUUCACAAAUAAGCUCAUACGGUCAAACAAAUAUGACUACGUGCAUAUUAGCAAGGGGAAAGAAGGCAGUGCAGAGGAUGGAGAAAAGGUAUCAUCACCCAAGGAUGAUAUUAUGGGCGAACGGGGGGGGGGGAAAAAUAAAAACAAAAAAAGACAUGAUGACACUGGAGAAAAUUCAGAUGGGGGUAAGAAAAGAAAAAUGAGUCAUUUAAAAAAUUGUAAAGAAAAUGAUAUGAACAGUCAGGAAAAAAAAAAUUACACAUGUAAAUGUAAUGAAAAUGAUAUGAACAGUCAGGAAAAAAAAAAUUACACAUGUAAAUGUAAUGAAAAUAGUAUGAACAGUCAGGAAAAAAAAAAUUACACAUGUACAUACGAAGAAUCAGAUGAUAAUAUACAGAAAUUAUUUGAAGACCUCUUAACAAAUAAUAAUAAGACCGAACUAUUUCGAAAAAUAGAACUAAUAAGUGUAAGUGCGUGCAAUAACUUUCAGCAUAUAACUAAAGAAUGUAGUAAUGUAAUCCUUAUUGGUGGUACUUUACAACCUUUAGAAGAGUUCUUAUUACUUUUUUUAAAUGAACAAAAAAAAAAAAUAAAAAUAUAUUCCUCUGAUUAUAUAUUUAAAAAGGAAAAUGUAUUUUCAAGAAUAAUCUCAACUAACUUAUUAACAUAUGAAUACAUUGAUAAUACUUUUAAAAACAGGUUUAAGAAAAUCCACUUGCUUAAUUUAGCAUUGCAAAUAUACUUCUUAACUGUACAUGUGAAAUAUGGAAAUAUUGUCUUCUUUUCCUCAUACAGUUUUUUAAGAGAAUUUAUUUCUUUUUUAAAUAAUGAAGGCAGAUAUGUGUUAAACGAAAUGAAAAAAAAAAAAUAUAUUUUUUUUGAAAAAAAAAAUGAUUACACUGUUUUAAAUGAAUACAUGCAAAGUAUACAAAAAGUAAAAGAUCAUCAUCAAUCAAUGAUGACCAAAAAUGGUUGUAUCCUAUUCUGUGUAAUGAAUGCAAAAUUAAGUGAAGGAAUCAAUUUUCAUGAUGAAAUCUGUAGAAAUAUAUUAAUUAUAGGUAUACCUUUUUUCAAGCAUGAAAGAAGUACAACAAACCCCAGCAAGUUUACCCUAGACAAAAAUACCCUUGUCUUGAAUUACUAUAAGGAAUACUCCAGGGAAAUGCUAGAAGGCGAUAGUGAUAUCCCUGCAAACAAAGCCGAGGACAGACAGUUAAUAUUACCAGAGGAAAUUAGCGAGAUGUGCAGGACGUACGAGUUGAAAUACGCAAUGAAGAUAAUAAACCAAUGUAUAGGUAGAAGCCUAAGACAUACGAAUGACUUUUCUUCCUAUUUUUUCCUUGAUUAUAGAUUUACAAAAAAAGAAUUUUUUGAUAAUUUCCCUUCAUUUAUCAAAACGCAUUUAAACAAUAUGAAAAAUAUACCUGUUGUCGAUCAGAGGAAUGAAACAUUUUUAAAAGAGAAAAAUUUUUUUUUUAAUAUAUACGAUGAUAUUAUGAAAUAUUAUAAAACAAAUUUUCCUAACCUACCAUUUGCAGAUAUCAGCGAAACACAUUUGAAUAACUUUGUAAAUGAUUUGUUUCGUCUUAACGAAUUUCACGAAAAAAUGAAAAAUGCAUGA